AGCGACACGCGGCCGCUGCCGCCGGUGAGGCGGGAGUGACCGCUGACUGCCGGCCGGGAGGAGUGCGCGCCGAGCUGGUUCCUGCGAGUGCUGGUGCGGAGCCGACACGGGACGGAGCAAGCCAGCUCCUCCCUGGAGGACCACACGCUGCGCCACCAGGCUGAGAUCCGGCAGCUGCGCGCCCAGCUGCGCCAGCUGCAGCAGCAGCAGCAGCAGCUGCUGCAGCAGCCGGCGGAGGAGGCGGCCGGCUUCGGUCCGCACGUGCUGACAGCCGUCACCAAACAGCUGGCUAAAAAGAUCACGCUGGGUGGCGCGGUGACGUCGGCGGCCGGCACGCAGGCCUCGCCGCUCGGCAGCCAGGAGAACCUCGACCAGAGCAUGAGGCGGGCCCAGGAAGACACGGAGAUGAUGCGCUCGCUGGUGAUCCCGCUGGAGGAGGAGAUCCAGGCGUUGAAGCAGAAGCUGCGCGACACGGACGCCCAGCUGCAGGUGCAGCUGACCGCUCGCGAGCAGCUCAUCCGCGCCGACCAGCUGCUGGCCCAGCUGUGUGCCGGCGGCCGGCUAGAAGAGCUGGCCGGGCAGCUGCGCCAACAGCUGCCAGCCGAAGAGCAGCUGCCGGCGGGGCUGGCGCCGCACAUGUACCUCUACAUAUCCGUACUGGAGGCGCAGAAGCUGGCCAUCUCGGACGACGUCAAGUAUGGCAAACAGACACAAGUGGAGCUGCGCGCCCAGCUGGAGCGCCUGCCGUUGCUGGAGGCGCCGUCGGCGUCGCCCGCCGCCAGCCAGCUCAGUCUCGACACGGACCGAACGCAGAGUGAGGCCGAGCCGGAGCCGGCCGGCUGCCACGGCAGCAUGCUCUCGCUAGACAUGGCCGAGUCGAGCUCCACCGGCAGCCAGCGCACCGACGCCGGCGCAGGCGGCCGCUGCGAGCGCUGCGCCAGCCUGGAGUCGCAGCUGCAGCAGCUGCAGGCGGAGCUGAAGGCGGCGGAGAAGCGGCGCGCCGAGCUCGGCCGCGUGCUGGAGCGUCACCAGGACGACCUGGGCCGGGAGGCGCGCUACCGCAAGCAGACCGAGCAGGAGUGGCAGCGACACGCCGAGGACUACCAGCAGCAGAUCAGCGAGCUGUACAAGGCGGUGGAGACGGGGGAGAAGCGCUACCACAACCUGGAGCGGCGGCACAAACAGUUCGUCUCGGAAGUGCAGGACAAGCUACGUCGACUCACCGCCGACCGGCAUGUGGUGCAGCAGGAGCUCAACAGGCUGCAGGCGGAGAAUGACACGCUGCUGGGCAAGUACAGCGCUUGUUCCGGCGAACUGCAGAACGAGUUCAUCAAUUUGCCUGACCAGGUGGAGGAGCUGCACCUGAUGCUGUUGCGCUACAAGGAGGAGCUGAUUUCAGCUAAGAUUGCGCGCGAGCACGUGGAGGAGACGCUGCGCAACCAGCUGGCCUUCAUGAAGAACGAGCAGGAGGCGCUACAGCACGAGAAGGACUCGCUCAACGACGAGCUGGUGGCGGAGCUCAGCAAGCUUAGGGAGGAGGUCACGCUGAAGGAUAGCGUCAGUUCCGAGCUGGAGGCCGAGCAGGCGCGCCGCCAGCAGGCCGACGGCCAGCUGGCGGCGGCGCGUGAUCAGCUGGCGCAGCAGACAGCCAUGAACCGGCAGAUGGUGGCCGCGUUGCAGGCGCAGCUGGAGGAGCAGAGCUCCGCCAAGUCCUCGCUCCAAGAAGAGGUAUCCAGAUUGAAGACCAAAGUGGCCACGCUACAGCUCGACUUGGACAACUCUGAAGCUGUCCAGAGAGACUUCGUCAAGCUAUCCCAGUCACUGCAGAUGGAGCUGGAGCGGAUCCGCCAAUCGGACACGGAGGUGCGCUGGCAACACGAGGACGACGUGGACGACUGUAGCCGCUGUCACGUCCGCUUCACGGUCAGCAGGCGCAAGCACCACUGCCGGCACUGCGGCAAGAUCUACUGCGCCGACUGUCUGAAUAAGGCGGUGCCAAGCGGGCCCAGCGGUACCAUGAGCCGAGUCUGCGAGGUCUGCCACACGCUUCUCAACCGCGAGUCGGCGCCCUACUUCAGCACGGAGGCGCCAGGCGUCGCCGACUGAGCGUCGCCCGCCGCGGCAGGGUGCGGCACACGGGCUGAGCCGCCGGGCCGGGCCGGACCGAGCACGGCGCGUCCGCGUCUGACAUCGGCGGCGGCGGCGGUGUUUGGGCGCAGCGAGACCCGGCCAGACGUGAGGCCGCCCACCGCCACCGCUGUGGCACCGGGUCCGGCUAGAUUGGGGCCUGUGAGAUGAUGCAUCCUAUAUUUCCCCAGUGAACAUAAUUG